AUGAAUCCGCUAGUUAAGUUUCGCCCAACUGAUGAGCACCUUUUCGAUCACUACCUCCAGCAGAAAGCAACGGGCGCGCCAUUGCCUCCCGGUCUCAUCGAAGAGUGCGACCUGUACAGCCAAGAGCCUUGGAGGAUCUUCGACACCACCUCGGAGCAGACGUUCUACGUUUUCACCACGUUGAGAAAGAACAAGUCGAGGGUUUUAAGGACCGCCGGGUCCGGGACAUGGAAAGAGCAGCACGCGAUGAGAAUCCCCGACAUUCUUGGUGAGUUGGCUGGCUACAAGAAGUCCUUCAAGUUUCAAGGUGGACGUGGCUCGAGUGCAACGAGCGGGCGCUGGAUCAUGUACGAGUUCUCAAUGUGCGACGAGAGGGUAAGCGUCAUCUGUGACUUUGCCAUCGCGUCCUCAUCCACAGUGGAUGGAGCUCAACCCGCCACUUCCCAAGCCUUUAGCAGCAGCGUAGCAUAUGCCGAACAACUUCAGAUGUCAGCAGGGGCAUAUGCAGAUUUACUUCCUACGACAGCAGAGCAAGUCAAUGAUGACGAUGAAUGGAUUGAUCGCUUGAUGGAUAUGGAUAUAGAUCCGGCGGUUGACGCCGAUUAUCUCUUUGGUUCAAAUCCUUUUGCUAAUCCAUCAGAAGACGAUACAAAUGCGAUGCUCGCAUCCACACUCGGCACACCGGACAACCAGACGUGGGGUCCGACUUCUCUCCAUCAACAAAGGAGCGUUGCUGAUGCACAAGAGCAAAAUGUUCCAGCCACAUUGGCAUGCGCUGAUCAGUUUUUGCUUGUUUAG